UCCCGAGCUGAUGCUCCUCAGCCGAUACUUUCAUGAAACGGUGGAUGAAUGUACUUAUUUACAAACAAAGGAGGACACUGUGCGUUCAUAGCGCAUUAAGUACAUUAGUACAGUUUCUAGUAAAACUGUGACCGCUCUGCGUCUGCGGUGUCUAUAAUGUUGCCCUGGAAAAAGAACAAGUUUGAUCUGAUAGAGGAAGAUAAGCACGGCAAACAGAAGGGCUACGCGGUGAGUCUCAACUACUCCGCGCUCACAUCGCUGGCCAAGGCGUGUCCGGAGACCGCGCUCAACCGGGUCGGCAGCAUGUUCAAGUCCAAGCGGAAAAAAGUGAACAUUACGAGCGAGGAUCCCACCUACACGGUGCUGUAUCUGGGAAACGCAACGACCAUCCAGUCCAAGGGCGAGGGCUGCACGGACGUGGCUGUGAGCAAGAUCUGGAACAAGAGCGACAUGGGCAAGAACGGCACUAAGAUGCGUCUGACGGUGAGCUCGCAGGGUGUGCGCAUGGUGCACAUGGACGAGAAAUCGCGCAGACCUGGACAUUUAUAUCUACUGCACAGGAUCACAUACUGCGUGGCUGAUCCGAGGCUGCCCCGCGUCUUUGCCUGGAUCUACCGUCACGAAAUGAAGCACAAGGCGGUGAUGCUACGCUGCCAUGCCGUGUUAGUUUCCCGACCCGAAAAAGCCAAAGCCAUGGCGCUACUGCUCUACCAGACUUCAGCUACAGCUCUGGCAGAGUUUAAGAGACUGAAAAGACGGGACGAUGCCAGACAUCAGCAGCAGCAGCUGAUCGGAGAACAGACCAUCCCUCUGGUUCCUCUGCGCAAACUGCUGAACGGUCAGUGCAGUUAUAAACCGCCGGUGGAGCGCAGCAGGAGCGCACCGAAGCUUGGUGCCAUCACCGAGGACCUGAUGGGUGAAGAGGCUGAAGAGAAAGCUACAGAAUUUGAAUGCGAAGACGUGCUGGAUACAGACGAAUCGACCGCCGGAAAACCCGGUUUAUCCCAGCUUAUCAACGAUCUGAAUGAAAUGAGCAUCGGGAAUGAUGUUCAGAGUCUAAAAGCGGACCUGAGUGUAACCAGGCUGUUGUCUGGUGAAAGUUCGGGCAGCGAAUCCUCAAUUGAAAACAGUCCUGAUUCCUCCUCAUUGUUCUCCAAGGCCAAGCAGGACGUAACACCAGAGGUCGGCUAAACAGGUUCAUAAACUUUUUCCACAAACUGUUUUCCACUAGUUUAAACACUGUCAUACACUAAAUGUGUAUAUGGAGACGAUGCCUAACAUUUAUAACACUUUCAUCCAAGAAUGUUUGUGGCUCCUAACUUAAACCGAAAGUACAUUUGCACCAUGCCAAGUCUUGUUUCUGUAGAAGUCUUAGAACUGGGGGUGGCCCAGCGAUGCAAAGGUCACUUUAGGGGGUUCAGAGUAAACAGAAUAAAAAGAUGUGUAAUUCACUUGAAUGGGUCAGUAAAACUAAUCUAAAAGCUGUAACCAUUCUAAACGGUGAGGGGUUGAUAAACUUUUUCACAAACAGUUUUCCACCAGUUUACAGUUGCCAUAAAAUAACUGCAAUGACAUUUAUUUGAAAGGUUUUGUAACAGUUGUUCCAUUGAUCAUUUUUGUGUCGGAUGUUACCAAACCUUUGAAAUGUCAGUGUUUGUGAAUAAAGUUUGACAAACUUGUGCCACUUUCACUCAUACGACCUUAAAAAUAAAGGUGCCUAAAAGAAGCAUGUUUGGUUCCUGUAGGAACCUUUCAGUUCAAGGUCCAUUAUAAUUUUGUUUUGGUGCUACAAUAAAAUUUUCAAUACACGAGGCACUUUAGAGGGUUUUCCAGUACAACAUGGUUCUGCAGUUGUAUUGCAAUAAAGAACUUUUUGGCACAUUGUUUUUAAGAGUGUGUACUUUGAGGUUUGUGGCUCCUAAUUUGAACCUUUGCACCAUGCCAAGCCAUGUUUCAGUGGCAGUACUAGAAAUUUAGUGGUCAGGGUCUUUUUAUGGGGUUCAAAAUACACAAGACAAAACAUUUUUACUCAAACAAGUUUGUGGGAAGCUUUAUGAAAAUCUGAAUAGUUUCAUGAAGUGCUUUUUAAAGCAGUUUACUACUGUCCACAAACAAAAACUGCACCACAAAAAGGUUUGGUAACUUUUUUUUUUUCCACAGAAACUGUUUUUGCGCUUUAAACAAACUAACUUUUAAACAGGCAACCUUAAAAACAAUGCCACUUUGUCAUUCAAUGUGUAUGUGGAGGAAAAAAACUUAUACACCCAUUAAAAAUGCCCGAAAAGUCUAUGUUAUGGCAUUUUUGGCUACCUGAAGGAUCUUUGAUAGAUGACACUUUUAGUAUUUGAUGGUGCCAAUGAUUCAUCAUACUAUAAAUCAUACAGUAAAUGUGAGUUGUGUUUUUCUUUUGGUGUAUAAUUAGUUUCACAGUACCAUCAAUUAUAGUUCUAUGGCAUCACUGUAAGAAGAAAAUGUAUUUUUACAUGUUUAAGAGAUUAUUUUAAUGCUUGAGGCCUCUUCUGUUUUGAACCAUACUACUUCAAAACAUUCCUGUACGUUCCUGUAUUUUGAGGUUGGUGAUUUCUGACUUUGAAAUGACAUUAUGCCAAGCCUCUUUACAGGGUUUAAAGUACAUAAACAAAAUUUGUGUAUACAUAUGAAUUAUUUUUGCACAGGAAUAAGUUUUAGAUAAGUAAUUUUCUUAGAAGGGUAAGGGAAGCAAGUGAAAAGCAAUUUCAAGGCAGCCUGGGUGGCCUUCCAUAUGUCUAUGCCAUAUUUCCUUCUGAGGGUUUUCCGCAACAGUGUCUACAAGGUCCAUAGUUUUAAUAGUACCUGUUCAUACAAACUGUUGUAUUUAUUUUAAAAAGUUUGGUAAUGUAGCUUAUUUUUUUGCAAACUUUGUACCAUGUUUAAUGUUUUUGUGUGCACACUGGUUACUUCUGGGUUCUCCAUUGUUUCUACAGAAGGUGGAUUGGCUGCUCUAAAUUGCCCCUAGUUGUGAGCUGUGAGAAUGUCUGAGCUCUGUGAUAAAUUGGCUUAAUGUACAAUGUGAAUUUACAUCUUCUAAAAAGAGUUUGUGGGUGGCCAUCUGCAACCCUGAUCAAAAUGUAUUGAUAAAAAAUUAAAUUUUUGUUUAGGUAGGAUCGUCCCAAUCCACAUCAUAUUGUACUAAUCAGUACAACACCAUUGGUGUUCUUACUGUUUACAGAAUAUGUGGCUCACUUUGCAAGUUCCGAGAAAAAGAAACUCAACACACAAAUACACCAGCAAUAUGCAUCAAUGCAUUUUGUAACAAAUGCCAAGGAUGUCCAUGGAAUCACAGCCUUAGCUCAGGUGUUUUGGAAGCCUUGGAAAAUUGAUACUGUACCAGACAGUAAGUCACCACGACUGGAGUUCAGAAAGUCGCAGGUGUAGAGAGGCAUUAACUGCUAAUGAAAUGCUGAAUGUAGCAGCAGUGUGUAGGCCAGCGCAUGUUGGGUUGAUCUGAAAGGAAAAAAAGAGAAUUACUAAAUAGGUCGUGUCUUUUUCCACUUGUCUUGUUCUUGAGGUAGUGAUGAUGUAUCUUUUCAGAAAUUACAUCCAGUAACAUCAGUGACAGGUUUUGAAUCUGGCAGUUUUAAUAAUUUCUUUUCAUUGUUUCAUUUACUGCUUUAAUUUUAUUUGACGUUUGAAUGGAACUAUGGCUGUCAGCCUGAGCUCUGAGCUGUGAAAAUGAUAAUUCUUUUCUCCAUCACAUAAAUGGUUGUCUAUUGAAGUGUCAUUAUGCCUUUCAUUUUCCCAAAGAAAAUAUGUUUCUUUUUAAAUUUUAAUAUGAAGAUGUCUCACCCGAACUACCUGCAUAUGCUAGCUAAUUUUUUUAGGACGUUAAGUUUUCUGUUUCUUAUUGCACUGUUGUGUAAUGAAGUCGUUAUGUUAAUGAUACUUUAUAUAACAUCGUUUCCUUUUACAUGUUCUUAUCUUUGCUGUGCAAAAGAAAAAUCUAAUGUAUUAAGAUGAACAUAAUAAAUACAAAAUGUGUAUUAUUUUUAAAGAGGUAAAUGUGCUUUGUUUUGUGUACCUUGCAAAAUUACCAAUAAAAAGAAAAUACAUUCA